GUGGACGGCGCGCCGCGGCGGGGUGGGCGAAGAUGCCGUUGCCGGUUCAGGUGUUUAACUUGCAGCAGCCAGCCAGCUCUGUGUCAGGGUCGGGGGGUGCAGAGAGUCAGGACAGAAUGAGGGAUAGCCCGGCCCCCAGCGCGGCCGCCUCGUCAGUGACAGCUCUGUACUGCGCCCCUCCCAGCAGUAGGGCAGACCUCUUCCUGCCGGGCACGGCCGGGGACUUCAGCCUGAGCGCCAGCCUGUCGGCCUGUACGCUGCUUUAUGAGGGGGCGGUGGAACCCAUGCAGAUCGAUGUGGACCCGCAGGAGGACCCGCAGAACACACCUGAUGUCAACUAUGUGGUGGAGAACCCCACCCUGGAUCUGGAGCAGUAUGCGGCCAGCUACAGUGGUCUGAUGCGCAUCGAGCGACUUCAGUUCAUUGCCGACCACUGCCCCCCGCUGCGGGUGGAGGCCCUCAAGAUGGCCCUGUCCUUCGUGCAGAGGACCUUCAAUGUGGACAUGUACGAGGAGGUCCACCGGAAGCUGUCAGAGGCCACCAGGGAGCUGCAGAAUGCGCCAGACGCCAUCCCCGAAAGUGGCGUGGAGCCCCCGCCACUGGACACGGCCUGGGUGGAGGCCACACGGAAGAAGGCCCUGCUAAAGCUGGAGAAGCUGGACACAGACCUGAAGAAUUAUAAGGGCAACUCCAUCAAGGAGAGCAUUAGGCGUGGCCACGAUGACCUGGGUGACCACUACCUCGACUGUGGGGACCUUAGCAACGCCCUCAAGUGUUACUCCCGGGCCCGGGACUACUGCACCAGCGCCAAGCAUGUCAUCAACAUGUGCCUCAAUGUCAUCAAGGUCAGCGUCUACUUGCAGAAUUGGUCUCAUGUGCUGAGCUACGUCAGUAAGGCUGAGUCCACCCCGGAGAUUGCCGAGCAGCGUGGGGAGCGGGACAGCCAGACCCAGGCCAUCCUCACCAAGCUCAAGUGUGCCGCAGGGCUGGCUGAGCUGGCUGCUCGCAAGUACAAGCAGGCAGCCAAGUGCUUCCUGCUGGCUUCCUUCGAUCACUGCGACUUCCCUGAGCUGCUUUCCCCCAGCAACGUGGCCGUGUAUGGCGGCCUGUGCGCCUUGGCCACCUUUGACCGGCAGGAGCUCCAGCGCAACGUCAUCUCCAGCAGCUCCUUCAAGUUGUUCUUGGAGCUGGAGCCACAGGUGCGGGACAUCAUCUUCAAGUUCUACGAGUCCAAGUACGCCUCGUGCCUGAAGAUGCUGGACGAGAUGAAGGACAACCUGCUCUUGGACAUGUACCUGGCCCCCCACGUGAGGACCCUGUACACCCAGAUUCGCAACCGUGCCCUCAUCCAGUAUUUCAGCCCCUACGUGUCGGCUGACAUGCGCAAGAUGGCCACGGCCUUCAACACCACGGUGGCAGCCCUGGAGGACGAGUUGACGCAGCUCAUCCUGGAGGGGCUGAUCAAUGCCCGCAUUGACUCCCACAGCAAGAUCUUAUAUGCCCGUGACGUGGACCAGCGCAGCACCACGUUCGAGAAGUCCCUGCUCAUGGGGAAGGAGUUCCAGCGCCGUGCCAAAGCCAUGAUCCUGCGGGCGGCCGUGCUGCGUAACCAGAUCCACGUCAAGUCCCCUCCACGAGAGGGGAGCCAGGGGGAGCUGACACCAGCCAAUAGCCAGUCCCGAAUGAGCACCAACAUGUGAGGGCACCCGUCAGCGUCCAGGGCCAUCUGCGUGCCCUGCCCCGCCGCCCCCUCGGACUUGGACAUCUGGGCCUACCUGCUCUCCGGGCACUUCUGGAGGUGCUACCUGUGGCCCACUUGCAGGGGCCCAGCCACUGGACCCUGCCCGGGCUUCCCUGUGCCCAGCUUCUCUGCCCUCCCCGUGCUGUGCCGCAUGCUGGGCCCCUACAGAGGAGGGGCCUUCCUGCAAGGAGAGGCCUGCAGGGCUCGACCCCCGCGCCCAGGGUCCCGCCCACCGGCACUGCCUCUCAGCCUUCCUGUUCACGUGUGUUUCGGGGUUGCAGACGAUCGUGAAGCUUAGUCUAUUAAAGGGCGAUCUGAGAACACA